AAUAAAAUGAGUUCUCCAUUAAACAGAUAUUUAUAUAAAGUAAUAUGAAGAAAUUGCCAAGGUAAUUGCCCGUAAUGAAAUAGAGGUUUACUUCUCACCAUGAUUAGCAAAAACUUUAUUUUUUACUUAUCAUAAUUAUUCAUUCUACAAAAAUCACGAUAAAUUUCAAUAAACCAGAUCUGAUUUUUGUGAGACUAAAAUCAAGUAUUAGUUAUAGAAAAUAAAUUUUCUGUUAUUUCGUAAUUUAUUUUAAACUUCGUUCCUGCAGUCAAAAACCUUAUUUUCACCGGAAAUGGCAACGCUGCCAAUAAUAAAGAGUACAUCGAAAGAGCAAUUGGCUGGCAUGAGAUUAACUACAGACGAGAAGAACGAUGAAAAGUCGAAUAAGAAAUUGACGGUACUCGAAUCGCACGGUUACAAUCUUGGAAAGACUAUAGGUGCCGGAUCAUAUGCCACUGUCAAAAUCGCGAAGUCUGAUCGAUACAAUUGUCAAGUGGCAGUGAAGAUAGUUCCAAAGUUCCAGGCGCCCGGAGAUUAUCUCACAAAAUUCUUACCCCGUGAGAUUGCGGUAGUCAAAGGAUUAAAACACCCGAAUCUUAUUCGCUUUCUGCAGACAAUUGAAACUACACAUCGAGUGUACAUUAUUAUGGAAUAUGCGUUGAAUGGCAGUUUGCUUGACGUUAUACGACGCGAUACUUACAUCGAUGAAAUACGUAGCCGUAAGUGGUUCCGACAGCUUCUGGAAGUCAUUGAUUAUUGUCACGAGCACGGCAUAGUGCACAGAGACGUAAAGUGCGAAAAUUUGCUCAUGGAUCAACGCUUCAACGUUAAAUUAUCGGAUUUCGGAUUCGCGCGUGGACAGAUGAAAUUGAAGAAUGGCGAGUGGUCCCUCAGUACAACUUACUGCGGCAGUUAUGCUUACGCGUCGCCUGAAAUUCUACGAGGCAUUCCUUACCAGCCUCAACUCUCUGAUAUAUGGUCCAUGGGUGUUGUGCUUUAUGCCAUGGUUUAUGGUCGGCUGCCAUUUGAUGAUAAAAAUUACGCGCAACUGCUAAAGCAAGUACAAAGCAAAGUGGUGUUUCCCAAACAUCCUAAAGUAUCUCAGUCUUGUCGUUCUCUUAUUACCCGCAUAUUAGUACCUCAGUAUGCACGAUUACGUAUCAUUAAUAUAAAAAGCGACGCCUGGCUGGAAGCAUCCGUUGACGCUCAAACAUCAAUCAGUGAUAAAUUUAUUAAAGUAUUACCUACAGUACCUGCAACUGAAAAAGUCAAAGUAUUUAAUGAACAUACAACACUGAUUGCUCCUGAAAGUUUUCAAGAAAAUGAGAACUCAAAAAACAUUACUAUCCAAGAUAACAUGGAAAUAAAAAAAACUGACUUAAAUGCAAAGCCAUAAAACUCGUGUACUAUCACAAAAUAACAUUGCAAAAUAAAGUUAUUAAACACAA